AUGAAGAGAAAAUGGGUGUCUCAUCAAUUGGUGUCUGAGGUGGCAGCGAUUCUCCUUGAAGAUGUCUUGAUGUAUGAUGUAGAAAGGUAUGAACCUGAGUCCUCCCCUCUCGAUGACCUGAGGGCCUUGUCUCUGGAGGAGGCAGAUGUGAACUUUGAGGUUUGGCAGGGAGGGAAGGAGGAAGAGCUGCAGAAGUGGGUGCGUGAUGGAUCAGCGAGGAUCACUGGUAGCCACUCGAUGUUGGCCUAUGAUGGCAUACACACCCUCAAGCAUACCAUCGAGCGCUUCCCUGAAGCGGAGUUCUACCAGUACCUUCAAACCCCACAGAUGCAAUGGGUCUUUGCGAGUCAUUCAUUCCAAAAAGGGGAGGCGACUGCAGAUCCUGUCGGCCUGUGUUCAAAUCCGGCAUGGAAUUGCACCAACUUUGUCUGGCAGCCUCCAUUGUGUCGGAAUGGCACAAUGCGUUGCUUGGGACAAGUCUUGCAUGAUUAUCCUCACUACACCCAAGGAGUGAUUGAGCAGCAAAUUGCAAACAAUGGUCUGCCACUCUCUACAGUCUACUUGACGCCUCUGUCUAAGCAAAUCGCUGUUUGGAAUGCCUUUGCAUCCAAGAAGGACAUCCUCUUUCAGCACCACUCUCCCUCAGAAGGAGUUGAUGGUGUCCCUCGUUCUGCCUUUGUACCGAUUCAGUUCUCGCCAACUAGGUAUGGAUGCAACGCAAUCGAGAAUUCUUCUCCCAACGGUGGCUUCAGCUGUAGACUAGAGGCAAAACGAUUGCUUAAAGUGGCCUCCUCCACGUUUAUGGAGUCAGGAGAUGCCAGUUAUUUUGCCGAGAGGUUCAACCUGAAUGAAGACAGCUACAAUCGACUUUUUGAUUUGUGGCGAGUGCAUGAUGGUGAUGCCUACUCAGCUGCUUGCGGCUGGCUCAAAGAGACAGGAAGCUCUAAAUGGGGAAGCUGGAUUCGAUUCAGUAAGCAGGUGCGCUUCAUUCGUGAAUUCCCUCCCACCAACGGGUGCUUUCCAGUAUUUUACCUGUUCUUGAUCUCGGCUUUGGCUAUGGCUUUCAUGCAUCAAGUCUUGCCUGGCUGCUUUCGAGCUUUCAGACAAAAAUGCAAAAGGAGACAAGACAAAGGUGCCAAGGAUCCGAAUUGGGAGCCCACAGACCUUAGUGACAUUCAACGGCGAAUGAAUGACCGUGCCAACUACACAUUGCCAGAUUUCACCUCAAAGCUUGUGGCCUGCAGAAGUUCGUCCUUUGUUGAAGUGAAGAUGGCUUUGCUGCGAGGCUCCAUGGGUUUCAUGAGCUUCUUCAGAGAUGAAGAGGAUUUCUGCAGUGAUGUUGGCCAAGGAAUGCUACCUCCAGCUGCUUCAUCAUGCUUUCGCCAAUACUUCCAAACCAGCUUGCAAGUUCUGGUUUAUAUUCUCACGUCUGGUCUGGCUCACAUUGCAGCAAGUGCUCUCAUUUUUGCCCUUGCAACAGGCAUGGUGGGUGCUCUUUUGGCUGAAGUUCGGGCAACCAUUGAAAAGAACAAACAGGUUGAUCCUUUGCUGCAAGUUGAAGCCUGGUACACGACGUGGCUCUCAAAAAUGCAGACGGUGACAGUCUUGAUGGAUGACUUCAAGUUUCUGCCAACCUUCUUCAUAACCUACAUGAUUGGACAAGAUGUGAGUCGAUGGCUUCAGUGGUUGCAAAUCAUGUUCAAGGUACAAGGCCGACUACAUGACGUAGCUCUUGUGGUGGCGAGCUCGUAUCGGAAUAUUAAUGAUCCUUGCAAAGGGAAGCUACAGAGACAAACACUUUUCAAAUGGUACAGAUACAUCAAUUCCAUUCACUACAUGGGCUAUUUCAAGCUUGCACCAAGCAUAGGAACCUCCGCAGAUGGAGUUCUACAGGACCUCCGCACAGUUGGCUUGCUAAAGGAUUCAGAGUGUCAGCAACUUCAAUUUGCGACUGCAAAAUUGCGGGACACUUUGGUCUCUUGGCUGGGCCAUUUGUGGCAUGAGGAGCUUGAGCGGGGACAGGUUCAGAGUGUCGACUCAGAUGUCUUCAUGCGAAAGGUCUGCGAGUUACGCGGAGUUUUGGCACAGCUCAGCGAUAUGCAAGACAUGCAGAUCAGCCAAAUGGUUCGCGUCAUGAUGGUUGUCGUGACCAAUAUACUGCUUGGAUUGGCCCUGAUUGGCUACCCAACUAAGAUGUAUGAAGAAACGACUGAAUGCUUCCAGUUCUGGCCGCUGGUGGCAUCCUAUCUCUAUUUCAUUUGCUAUAGAGGAAUGCUUCAUGUCAUGUUCAUUCUGGACAAAGGACCAUUCUAUGCCAAAGGUGACUGUGUGAACAUCGAUGCCUUGUUGGUCAGCACCGAGCGAUUCGUUUUUCACGUGUUUCGUACCUUCUUCAGGGGUCAGCAAAAGCAUAUGCCGCAUUCAAUGCUGCAGUGUGAUCAGCCUUUCAUGCCUGAAGAUGUGUAA